AUGCCAGUGGAAGCGAAUUCUCAUUUUAAACCGUCAUCUGAUCCGCUCGAUCUACUGAAGGCGAUGGUCAAAGACCAUCUCAAUUUUGGAAAAUGGACAUGCGCGUCCGAAAUCUCAUCUUUGCUGCUGAAAUACUACGAGCCACUAAAAGGCGAGGAGGAUCCGAGGACAAUGAGUGCAAUGCACAACCUAGCUUCAGCAUACUGGGGCCUAGGUCAGUUUGAUGCAGCAGCCAGCCUCGGUCUGCGUGUGACGGAUCUCCGGAAGAAAGUCCUUGGUGAUAGAAAUACUCAAACCUUGGCAUCGAUGUCGAAUCUCGCAGCCGCAUACCGAAGCCAGGGGCGGUUAGAGGAUGCUCAGCGGCUUGACGCUCGGGCUGUGGAGUUGAAAUCGGAGACCCUGGGCGUGGAAAACCGGUCUACACUGACUUCCAUGAUAAAUUUAGCAACGUCAUAUUCAGAGCAGGGAAGAUAUAAGGAAGCAGAGGCGUUGAAUCGAUCAUUGGUGGAGAGGGCAGAAAGUGUGCUGGACGCAACGGACCCCUCCAUAUUGACAAUAAAAUCAAAUUUGGCGACCGCCUACCGAGAUGACGGGCAAUUUUCACUGGCUCAGGAACUUGAUCAAGAAGUCCUUGGAGCGAGGCGCAAGUUACUGGGAUCGCGGCAUCAGUCAACUUUGAUUUCAAUCGCCAAUUUAGCAUCUACGUACCGUGGCCAGGGGAAAUGGAUGGAGGCGGAAGGUCUGGAUCGCGAAUUGGUUGAGGCCAGUGAAGCUAUACUUGGAAAAGAGCACCCACAGACACUGAUGUCGAUAAGCAAUCUUGCGUCUACGUGCCGUGGCUUAGGGUGUUUGGAAGAAGCAAAGGAACUUGGUGAAAAGUCAUCAAACGCUAUGAGAGAGGUACUGGGCGAAGAAAGUCCUCAAACUUUAGUAGCUAUGGCGGAACUGGCAAUUACAUAUCAAAUGGAUGGAAAGGUGGAGGACGCAGCUCGAUUGAUGGCACAAGUUGCAGAGUCCAUGAAGAAUUCGCUGGGGGAAGAGCACCCACAUACACUAAGUGUCAUAUCCAACCUUGGAUUCAUCUACCAGUCACAAGGAAAAUGGGAUCGAGCGGGCGACCUUGCUGAGACUGUCUAUUCUCGGCGUCAGGAUAUACUAGGAGGGGAACACCCAGACACUGUUGCAGCUUUUGAGGAUGUCAGACGAAUCUCUUGGGUUGAGGCAGCGGAUCGGAAUACUACAGCAAUGAUGUCGAAAUAG